AUGGAUGUUGAAGGAAGUAAAUGGGUAACUCUACCCAAGUACAGUGAUGGAUAUAGGAAAGGGGUGGGAGAUUUUAUUACAAAUGCAUUUAGGAAAUAUGCAUUAGGCAAUGAGUUGAAAUGCCCUUGUAAAAAAUGUGGUAAUCGGUAUUGGACGAAUGAAAAGGCUAUACAUGAGCAUUUGAUUUGCAACGGUCCUAGUGUUCAAUCUAUAGAAUGGAUUUAUGAAGUAUCAAACUUUAAAAUAAUAGAAGAAGAUGAGAUGGACACUGAUAUAGGUGUGGGUUUAGGAGGUGAUUUUGAGGCAAUGAUACGUAACACGUAUAGGAAUACAGAUGAAUAUGAUCCACCAGUUAGAAAAGGACUGAACGAUUAUGCAAGGAAUUUUUACAAGCGUGUUGAGGAGGGUCGACAACCUUUACAUCCAGAUUCGAAAAAAUUUACCCACUUAAGUUUCAUUGUGAGGCUUUACCAUCUGAAGUGCAUCCAUGGUUUUAGUGAGUCGGCAUUCACUGAUUUACUUGCGUUGAUAAAGGAGGUCUUUCCUAAUGUCAACAUACCCGUAACCUUCAAUCAUGCAAAAAAUAUGAUUAGAGACUUACGCCUCGAUUACCAAAAGAUCCAUGCUUGUCCAAAAGAUUGUAUGUUAUUCUGGGCUGAAAAUGAGAAAUUGGAGUCUUGUAAAACUUGUGGAACUUCACGCUGGAAGGUAGUGGAUAAUAAGAACACUUCAGUUGAGAAUAGGGAUAGCUCAAAAGAAUAUAAAAUCCCAGCAAAAGUGUUGAGAUAUUUUCCCUUAAAACCGAGGCUGGAAAGAAUGUUCUUAUGCAGUGAUUUCUCUAAGUCAAUGGUAUGGCAUGCUUUAGCACGAAAUAAAGAUGGCCGGUUAAGGCAUCCAUCUGAUGCCCAAGGCUGGAAGUCCAUGGACGCUAAUUAUCCACAAUUUGCAUCUGAAAUCCGAAACAUUAGACUAGGCUUAGCUUCAGAUGGAUUUAAUCCCUACCGUUCCAUGAAUAUAUCUCACAGCACCUGGCUAGUUGUGCUACUAAAUUACAACCUUCCCCCAUGGUUAAUUAUGAAGCCGGAAAAUUUGAUACUUUCAAUUAUAGUUUCUGGCCCCAUUGCUCCUGGUAAAGAAAUCGAUGUAUACAUGCAGCCACUGAUUUCAGAGUUGAAGGAAUUGUGGAAUGUUGGAGUUCAGACUUACGAUGCUAGAGUUGAUAGCACAUUUAAGCUACAUGCAAGUCUCUUAUGGACGAUAAACGACUUUCCGGGAUAUGGUGUUUUAUCAGGAUGGAGUACCAAAGGUAAACUAGCAUGUCCUUCGUGUCAUUAUCAAACCUCAUCACAAUAUUUAAAAUAUAGCAAGAAGGUUGUCUAUCUUAACCAUAGAAAAUUUCUGCCUCUCUCUCACAAGUGGAGGUCUGAUAAGAAGAGGUUUAAUGGUGAAAUAGAAGUGGAAGAAAGCCCUGAAUUGUUGACUGGAGUGGAGGUUGAGGAGCUACUACAUGGUUUUCAGAAUAAUUUUGGGAAGCAAAAGAAGAAGACUAAGGGCUGCUCAUCAUCAAAUUGCCCUUGGAAGAAAAAAUCUAUUUUUUUUGAAUUGCCAUAUUGGAGUAGUAGUAUGGUUAGGCAUAACCUUGAUGUUAUGCAUAUAGAGAACAACAUUGUCGAUAAAAUUUUGGGGACUUUGUUAAAUAUUGGCGGGAAGACAAAAGAUCAUCUUAAUGCACGUAGAGAUUUAGAAGAAAUGGGGAUACGAAAGACUCUUCAUCCUAUCAAUACUGGUGAUGACAAACACUUGGAGAUUACGGCUGCCAGCUUUGAUAUGACAAAACAAGAAAAAGAAACCUUCUGUUCAGUUUUAAUGAAUGCAAAAUUACCAUAUGGGACAGUAUCUAAUAUCAGUUGUUGUGUCCAUAUGAAGGAGCGGAAGAUUUCUUGUUAUAAAAGUCAUGACGCGCAUUACAUUCUCCAAUGUCUAUUACAAUUUGCUGCUGCAAAAACACUAAAGCCAGAGGUAGCAAUACCUCUUAUCAGGGCCAGACCAGAAGGAUGUAUCGCAGAAGGCUACCUGGCAGAGGAGUGUUUGACAUUUUGUUCAAAAUUUUUAAGUGUUCAUGAUAAAAAUAAAAUUGAUGAGGACUGUUGUCAAGGAGCUGGAUAUCCUAUCGGAACUCGAAAAAACAAAGAUGGAACAUCAAUACAGUUGGACAAUGAAACUUGGACAAAUGCUCAUCGAAACAUAUUAUUCAAUUGUGACAAUAUGGAAGUCGAGAAUCUAAGAAAUGAACACCAUAAUUUGGUUGAAAAGGAUGCAAAGUUAAAGAGAUUUAAAAGAGAAAGAACGCACACAACUGAAUUUCAUAAGUGGUUGAAAGAGGUGGUGGGAAUGAAAGAUAAUGUUUCAUCAGAAUUGUCCUCCUUGGCAAAAGGUCCUCAUCGAGCAGCUAAGAGGUUCACUAGUUACAUGGUGAAUGGAUUUAGAUUUCACACAAAACGCAGAGAUGAUAGGUGUACAUCACAGAACAGUGGAGUCUUUGUCACAGCUUUAACCACUAGUUAUGCGAGUGUGAAAGACAAUAAUCCUAUAGUUGGGGAUGUAGGUUAUUAUGGUGCAAUUGAAGACAUUGUUGAAGUCCAUUACUGGGGUGCAUUGACUGUUGUUUUAUUUAAAUGCUGUUGGUAUCAAAAAGAAAAGGAUUGCUAUGGGUUAACACGAGUAAACUUCAAUAGGUUGUGUCAUAAGAAUGAUCCAUUUGUUCUCGCCACCCAAGUGCAACAGGUUUUUUAUAUCGAAGAUCCUACUGUAAGGGAUGUUCAUUUUGUUGUCAAGAAAAUGGCCAAGGAUCAAUUCUCAGAAGUAGAAGAUAAAUUGAGUGCGGUUGAUGAUGUUAGUGACACAGGUUAUUUGGCAAGAGGAGAAAUACCAACUGUAAAUGAUAUAAGUUGGUCUAGAGAUGACAUUCCUAUGAAAACAAUUCUUGUAUCACCUGAUGAAGAAUGA